AAAGGACAAGACGACGCACAACCGGAGGACAACCGGAAAAGGAGCCAGUCCAAGAAGCCGGCCGCCUUCUCCCUUGGGGCACGAACGCGACGAGCGAUGGAGUCCAUCGGCGGCGACGGCGACGCGGCGGCGAGGGGGACAGGUGGGGGAAUCGGAGGCCGGUGGGCGGUGGGCGCGGUGUGCGGGGGGCUGGUGUACUACCACUGCGCGGUGCGGCGCGCCAGCGCGGUGUCCCUCGCCGCCGACGUGCUCCUCGUCCUCCUCUGCUCCCUCUCCAUCCUCGGCCUCCUCUUCCGCCACCUACACAUCUCUGUGCCUGUGGAUCCUCUUGAAUGGCAGAUUUCUGAGGAGAUGGCAAAUAGUAUAGUUGCUUCUUUGGCUAACACAAUUGGAGCUGCUGAGUCUGUAUUGAGGGUGGCUGCAACUGGACAUGACAAGAAGCUCCUUUUCAAGGUGGUUUUUACAUUGUAUUUUCUAGCGGCUUUGGGAAGGGUUGUGUCAGGUGCCGCGAUUGCUUAUGCUGCUCUCUGUAUCUUCUGCCUCUACAUGUUUGUACAAAGCACCGAUCUGUUUGAUCAGCUCCCUUCUUGGGUCCCUAUAGGAAGAGAUUCAUUGGGCAGCGCUCAGGAUACCGGCUGAUUUCCACAUGUACAUCGACUAUGGAGUUUUUUCCUUCCCCUUUUUGUAUAUGGGCCUGCAGGCUAAUAGCUUGAAUUAUAGCAUCUAUGGCGGCUGUAUCUAUCGCAACUGAACCUGAGGUUAACAACUGUGGUGUAACCUUUGCGUAUCACAGGUAUGUUGCCAACUUGCCAGCAACUUUCUGUGAUCGCUCACUUCUGAUCUGACUGGCAAUGAUGAAAUUAUGAUGCAUGUUUGGUCGCGAAAA